UUAUAGUUGUAUGGUGGUCUAUAUUUGAGUGUUUUUCAUUGUUUCAUACACAAUUAAUUCAUCUCUUUCUGUUUUAUUACACAAAUAUUCCCAUUUACUCUUAAUUCUUCUUAAUCCUUUUGAUAUAAGUGUCACUUAACAGUUAGAUAUAUUCUUCUAAAUACAUUAAUUUCUUGUAAUGGUGUAGUCAUCUUCACAAUUCUUUGGUCAUAAUUAUUUUACAACAAGAAGUUCAGUAGAUGAAAAACAAAUUGAUUUAUCAAUAUACACUUAUGUUGCAUCCAAGAAUACAACCACAUUUUGUUUUUGGAAGGGAAGUCAAGCAAUUCACAUUCUCUAGAGUCUAGACUUAAUUGAUUGUGAUUGUUUUAUUUAACUGUUGUGAUGUACUCUAACUGUUGAGUUGAGCUCUUAAAUUUUUGAAUAGGAACUGGACUUAAAUACAACUACAUUUGGGAAAAAUUUGUCAGUGAGGGUAAUCAAAUUGUUCAGCCAGCUCUUGAUUCACUCCAAGAUUUGUGCAGCUUUCCUGCUACAACAAGGCAAAUAGAGUAUGACAUGCGUAUUUGUUGGGCCAAGGCGGGGUAUCACAUUCGAGAUGGACCUCUUUUUCUUCAUAAAACUUGGUACAAACAACUUAAGUCAAUGUUCCCCAAUAAAAUUGGAUCUUGGAAGCCUUGGGAUCUAUUAGAACAAGCUUGUGGUUUAGAGGUUAAGAAUCCCCAUAGAUCAAUUAGGAGGGGGUGUCCCUUAUGGAAUGGUACUUAUUAUUGUCUAAACGAGAUACAUAUAGUUGAUGAAGGAGCCAUUAAUGUUGAAUAUAUGAGGAAAUUGUUCAAAAACAAUCGUCCAGUAGUUGCGGUGAUUGAAAUUCGAGCUGACUACCCACGUUACACUGAGAGUCCUUACCUUGGGGUCAAUGAAAAUGGUCAAUUGGAAGAGUUAAUGUAUCAUCCUGAUGGUAAGAGAGUCACACAUGCUGUAGUUUUAGUUGGGGAGUGUGAAGUUGAAGAAGUAAACAUCUACGGCAUUGAUAAGGGUAUCUAUUGGAUCUAUCAAAAUGCCUUAGUAGAGGGACAAGGAGUUGGCACCUCAAGUUUUCUUCCAAAUGGCAUGAGUAUAUUGCAUCCUCGGGUGGUGAUAGAAGUGUAUUUGGGUAUAUCAUACCCACCAAAUGUCCUCGCUCUUCCUGAACAUGCUAAGAAAAUACUUGAUUUUCAAGUUAGGAAGGAGCAUAAGUACAAGAAUGAUUCCAAUGCUUUGAAGAACUACCAAAAUUUGGAAGAAGAAUUAAGAUCAACAAAGGUUCAGCUAGAGGAAUCAGACAAGAAACUUCGACACGAACAAAUGCUCAAUCAUGCGUUGAAGAGGAACCAUGAGAGACAAGUGGAGGCACUAAACACAGAAAUAGCAAGAUUGAAGAGAAAAGCUGGAGAAAGUUGAAAUUGAAGGUAAAUAACUUGUAUGAUCAGAAAUACCUUUUUGAAAAAAUGUAGUACUCAUCUACUUGUGAGCACAUUCACAACUAAAAAACUUGUUUGCAUUUGGUCGUAUAUUUCCUGGUAUAUUCUAUUUAUACAUGUGAAAGCAUUAGGAGAUAUGUGACAACUGGCAACUAUUUUUUUAGGUGUUUA